AUGGCUCCCACUGCUACUGGUGCUUCGAACCAUGUCUCGCAGGCCCUCGCCGAGCACCGUCUCUCGAUGGUCGGCGCCACUGGCGCCAAGGGCCUCAUCAAGAACGCUCGUACCUUUGCCAUCGCCGUCUUCGCGUCCAUGGGUGGUUUGAUCUACGGCUACAACCAGGGCAUGUUCGGCCAGAUCCUGAGCAUGCACUCCUUCCAGGAGGCGUCCGGUGUCAAGGGUAUCACUAACCCCACUCUUGGCGGUUUCAUCACCGCCAUCCUCGAGCUCGGCGCCUUCGUCGGCGUGCUCAUGAACGGUUACGUCUCGGACGCUUUCGGUCGACGAAAGUGUGUCCUCUUCGGUCUCGCGUGGUUCCUGCUCGGCUGCAUCAUCCAGGCUUCCACAACCGGCGGCUCCUACGACUUCAUCACCGCCGGCCGCGCUAUUGUGGGUGUGGGAAUUGGUUCGCUCUCGAUGAUCGUCCCUCUCUACAAUGCCGAACUCGCUCCUCCUGAAAUUCGUGGUGCCCUCGUAGCCCUGCAACAACUGGCCAUCGUUGCAGGCGUCAUGAUCAGCUUCUGGUUUACUUAUGGCACUAACUACAUUGGCGGCACUGGCGAUGGACAGAGCCGCGCAGCAUGGUUGAUCCCCGUCACCGUCCAGAUCCUCCCCGCCCUCAUCCUCGGUGUCGGUAUCUUCUGGCUUCCUGAAUCGCCUCGUUGGCUCAUCGAUGUUGGCCGCGAGCAGGAGUCGCUUGCCAUCAUCGCUAGCCUUCGUCGUCUUCCCGAGUCGGACCUCCUCGUCCAGAUGGAGUUCCUCGAGGUCAAGGCCCAGAAGCUCUUCGAGGACCGCGUCUCUGCGCACGACUACCCCGAUCUCCAGGACGGCUCCCGAUCUUCCAACUUCAAGCUCGGCCUUGCUGGUUACAAGUCGCUCUUCACGAACCCGGCCAACCUCAGGAGGACCCUCGUCGCUAUCUUGAUCAUGCUCUUCCAGCAGUGGACCGGUAUCAACUUCAUCCUCUACUACGCCCCCUUCAUCUUCAAGCAGAUCGGACUCUCGGGCAACACCAUCUCGCUCCUCGCCUCUGGUGUGGUCGGCAUCGUCCUCUUCCUUGCCACCAUCCCUGCCGUCCUCUACAUCGACUCUUGGGGCCGCAAGCCUACGCUGCUUGCUGGCGCUGUCAUCAUGGGUAUCUGCCAUCUGUCGGUUGCCAUCAUCAUCGCUCGCUGCGGUGGCGACUGGCCCGCGCACCGUGCUGCCGGUUGGGUUGCCUGUGCCUUCGUCUGGAUCUUUGCUGCUGGCUUCGGCUUCAGUUGGGGUCCUUGCGGUUGGAUCAUCGUUGCCGAGGUCUUCCCUCUCGGUCUGCGUGCCAAGGGUGUCUCGAUCGGUGCGGCUUCCAACUGGCUCAACAACUUUGCCGUCGCCAUGUCGACGCCCGACUUUAUCACCGCUGCUCCUUACGGUGUCUUCAUCUUCCUCGGAGUCAUCUGCUUCGUCUCGGUGGCGUACGUCAAGUUCUUCGUGCCCGAGACCAAGCUCAAGACGCUCGAUGAGCUCGACGCCGUCUUUGGCGACAACUCGGGCAGGUCCCAGUGGGAGGCCGGUAUCAUGCUCCAGGCCCAGCGCGAUGUUGGUCUGCUCCGUCUCGCCGGUAUCGAGGAGCCCAAGGGUGUGCACGGAGACAACGUCUCGGAUGACGUCGACGAGAAGGGAUCCGACAUCCACUCGGAUGGUGAGGUCAAGAAGGAGGGUCACACCGUCGUCUCCACCGCCUAG